ACGGAAGUUGGGUGCCGUCCCUGAGAGCUGGGGUCUGAGCUGGGAUCGGGGAACUCGUGUCGUUGCGGAAGAGCCGUUGGUCGGCCUCCACGUGGCAAUCGGUCUGGCACGUCGGGACAGACAGGUAAUGUCAAUUCAGAGGAAGAGGAGGGGUCCAACACUGUAAUCUCUCUCACGGUGUUGAUACCUCGCGGGGAAGAAAAAGAGAGCAAUGGAAGAAGCACCUUUUCGAGACCGGGAUGACAGGCCUGGCGUGGCGGGUGCUGAUGACCUGACGAUGAAAACGAUGAGGGGCGUUGAUCAUGUGCCUCUCAGGAUGGGGGCUUCAUCCGAUGACGAGGACCUGCCGUUAUACCCCCUUGGCAGAAAUCAGAGGAAACCGUCCGGUUCUUGGACGUGGCUGACCAGAGCCUCGGUCAUCGCUCUCUGCGCAUUCUUUGCGUCUGUGGCAAUCAGUUUUGGGCUAUGUGGAUUUUGGAUGGGAGUUAGUGUCAAUCUCUCAAAUACCCUUACGGCAUUUCGUGCUCGUCCUCUUAAGAAGCUGGACCAAUCGACCGUUAUCCUCAUCUCUUUUGAUGGUUUUCGAUGGGACUACCCUUUCAAGGGUGUUGCUCCCAACAUUGAGAGACUCAAGGCUGAAGGGACCGAAGCUGAAGGCGGGAUCAUUCCCAUCUUUCCAACCCAGAACAUCCCAGCAGCAUCCAUCUACUGGCCAGGGUGCAAUAUCAAAAGGGAUGGUUGGGAUUGCGACGAACAAUUUUGCAAACGUUUUCAAGACGAUCCAGAAAGCGCCAUUCCCGGGAUCGACACAGUUCUCUCCUAUUUUGAUGGCGAUCCGCACAGUCGUCCACGACUCAUUGCAUUCUACUUCAACGAGCCAGAUCAUGUUGCACAUGAAAAUGGUCCAGACGAUCCGCUGACGGACGAAAUGAUUGGGCGAGUCGAUGGAAUUCUUGGGCGCUUGCUGCAAGGACUUGAGGAGCGUGGAAUCCUGGAUGACAUCAAUGUCAUUGUGCUUGCCGAUCAUGGCAUGAUUGGGACCUGUGCGGAGAAGACUAUCUUCUUGGAAGAUCUUUCACCGAUCAUCAAAACCCAUGGGAGUAAGAUUACUGAUUCUGUAAGCCCUUUCCUGUUGCUGCACCCCCCUGCAGGUGUGGAUGCACAAGGCUUAACCCAGGAUAUGAUUAGCGCACUUCAUGCGCGGGGAGAAGAUAACCUGAAACUGUAUUAUAAGGAUGAUAUUCCCGGUUCAUGGCAUUACCGAAACAAUCGACUUAUUGCUCCCAUUGUGGGUGUGGCUGCGGACGGGUACUCGAUGCGAAUAUCUCGCAACGAGAGCCAAUUAAGUGGACAGCAUGGGUAUGUGCCGACUUUGGGAAUGAUGCACCCAAUCUUUGUAGCGAGAGGACCGCGAUUCCAGGAGGCGCGGAAGGUUCCCAGCUUCAGGAACACAGAGGUGUAUGGGUUGAUUUGCGACAUUUUGGGUAUAGACCCAUUGCCUAAUAAUGGUACGCCGGGCUUUGCAAAAAGUAUCUUGCUGCCAGUAUAGCAAUGACUGCAAAGAUGACAGGGGGGGGAGGGGGGAGGGGGGAGGGGGGGAAUUACUAAAUGCAGAUUAUGGAAUUGAAAGGGAUGGCAUGGACGGAAGGGAGCCUAGAGAACGAAACCGGAGAUCAAGACCAGAGUGGACGUGAGGACAACAAAAGCUCGAGCGAUACUGAGGGGGGAAGGGGUGGGGGGGAGGAAAGCACAUAGAAAAAUGCGAGGGGAGAAAGAGGAGGAGGAGGAGGAUGGAAGGACGCGUAAAGAACGAAACCAGGGCGAAUGUGACAACAACAAAAGCAAGAGCGGUCCUGGGGGGGGAGGGGAGGACAUGGCAAUAUGAGAUCGGGGAAAGAGGAGGAGGAGGAGGUGGAGGAGGAGGAUAGCCUAGAGAACAAGACCUCAGCAGACGUGAGGCGAACAAAAGCAAGAGCAAGUA